AUGGCGGCUGAGCAGCAGCGAGUCGGUUGUCCUGGCGAAGAGUCUGUUAGUGGUCUCCAACUCAAAGACGUUCCUCUGACCACCGGCUCUGGUACCAUACUUUGUGACGUCUCAACUCCCUUUCAUCGCCCUUUUGUGCCCGCCUCGAUGCGUCGAGCUGUAUUUCAAACUCUGCAUGGACUCUCCCACCCUGGGAUCCGAGCCUCUCAAAAGCUCCUCGCGGAAAGGUUUGUCUGGCCUGGCAUGAACAAGGACGUCAAAGCUUGGGCCCGGUCGUGUCUGAGCUGCCAGCGCAACAAGGUGCAGCGUCACAACAAGUCCUCACCAGGCACUUUCCCCAGUCCCGACGCACGGUUCAACCAUGUGCACCUGGAUGUCGUAGACCCCUUGCUUCCAUCCAAUGGUUUCACCUACCUCCUUACCUGUGUCGAUCGAUAUACUCGCUGGGCUGAAGCUAUUCCUUUGCCGAAUGUUCAGGCUGAAACCAUCGUGAAGGCCUUCGUCAGUCGUUGGGUCGCCAUGUUCGGUGCCCCAUCCACGGUUACGACUGAUCGUGGUGCCCAGUUUGAGUCGGCACUCUUCCAAACGCUACUCAAUUUCCUUGGCUGCACACGCAUUCGGACGACAGCCUACCACCCCGCUGCCAACGGUAUGGUGGAACGUUUCCAUCGCCAGCUAAAGACCGCUCUGCAUGCCGUAGAAGACCCAGGAAACUGGUCGGACAACCUUCCUCUUGCACUCCUCGGCAUCCGCGCAGCUCUGAAGUCGGAUCUGGGCUGUAGCGCAGCUGAAUUGGUUUUCGGCACUACCCUCCGACUGCCAGGCGAGAUGAUCACCCCAACCUCUCGUGGAGCCGACGAGACUCCUGACAAUCUUGUGCACCGUUUGCGGCAAUUUAUGCGCUCGCUUUCCCCGGUUCCACCUCGAGCUCCAAUGACUGAGUCUUAUGUCGAAAAAGACUUGGACAAGUGUACUCAUGUGUUCGUCCGGUGUGACCGUGUGCACCAGCCGCUGGAAUCACCAUAUGAAGGACCGUUCCGCGUGCUCGCGCGCAACACCAAGACCUUCCGGAUUCUUCGCAGUGACAAGGAGGACGUGGUCAGUGUCGAUCGGGUCAAGGCUGCUGUUGCGGAGGAGCCGCCGGACCUGUCACAAGGACAAACAUGUGCUGACCCCCUAACCCCUGUUCCUCCAUCUUCCCUAUCCCCUACUCGUUCACCCUGCCCACUGCCUUGCCCUUCCCCGCCCUUGCCCUCUACCCCUCCGUCCCCCAUACUUCCUCUCCCUACAUGUCAACAGCAUCCAACUGCAACACCAUCGUCCACCACAGCACGCAGUCAACCCUCUUCGACUGUACCUCCUGCAUACAUAACUCGCAGUGGCCGUCACGUUCAUUUUCCCGAUCGUUUAGUUACCCAUUUUUUCUAG